AUGAAACCCUCAAUCCUCGACCAGUCCCAUCUUCCGUCAUAUGAAAACAGGUUGGCAAGUGAAUCUCGAAUCGCUAAAAUCAACGAAAUAUACAACCGGAACCACAAGCGAGACACUCAGAGGCAUAGAGACUCUAUAAUAUCGGACAAUUCCACGUCGGUUGUCUCCGACAUACAUGAUGGUCCAUACUUACAGGAAAGCCAGCCGGUUGUGGACUUAAACUACAAACAACAAGAAUCAUUUGAAAAACGGCCCCCAAUCAACAUUGCUCAGCCCGAUUUCAGUACCAUUAAGCCCGAAGACGGUUUCAAUCCUUUCAGACCCAAAUUCACAGAGGCAAGGCCACGUUCAAGGGACGAAAUGGAGCAAGAAUUGCAUUUCACGCCAAAACUGCGAUCUAGAAGAAGUAUCAUCUAUUCUAGAACACCAAGCCACGAGGAUCCAGCAAAAGAGGAGGCCCUGCAAUUCUUCAAAACCAAGAACCGGGGUUUUUCUGGCGUCGGGAAAAACGAAUCUACGUCCACUAGGUCUAGAGAAAGGUUUAAAGAACUGAAAGCCAGACUGGGGAAACCUCUCCCGCUGGGAUACUUAUCUUCUGCCUCCGAAAGCAAAGAAGAAGAUCCACAAUCGCAUAGAAAACCGGUCGAAUCCCGCUGGAAACGUAUUCUGUCCAGUGCUGACAAGAAAACGGACUGGAGUAUAUUGCAAGAUCGGAUACGUUCCCCAUCAGAUCAAGGUAGCGUUAGAAUGCAUGUGUCCGAUUCUCAGGCUUCACUCGCCGGACUUUUGAAUGAUGACGAAGAUAAAGCUGAUGAAGAAUCAAAGGCUUCCAGUUUUGUGGGUGAAGGAGGCCAAUUGGACAGCAUCAAUGAAAACCUUCGAACCAACACUGAAAAGCUGGAUCAAAUUAUGACCAUUCUGAAUGACAAACGCCAACAUAACGGCAAAAUUGAGGUGAUAGCAUGGGUUGCCUGUAUUAUAGUUCUAGUUUUGCUCAACGUAUUCCUGAGCAGUGUGUAG